CCGCUCCUUCAUCUUCACCACUACUGUACAUUACUAUCUCAUUACUAAGCAAUGUCCACUGCCGCACCUACGCCUAUACCAGAUGACCGGGACCGCAUUGUGGUUAUAACAUGCUCGGGCGUGUUGGCAUUAAACUUAUUCGCUCUCAUAUACGUAUACACACAGCGGACAUACCUUCCAUUAAAAUCCAAAAACCUGACGUUAAUAUUUGUCUCCUUUGCUGCGAUUAUUUUCUGGAUGCUAGGCGAUUUCUAUGCCCACAACUUCUCGUUCGUGAGUAAAAACUGGGUGGUAUGCGUCGCAACGUUCGCCUGGUUGCGAAUCUGCCUAGGAAGCUAUGUAUUUGCUAGCUGCGUGCAGUUCAGAGCAUACUCCAUCUGGCUCAUUUUCAUAAAGAAGAUGCGGCCAACAGGCAAAUACUUUUGGCUGCCAAUUGCCUUCAUGGCCAUUCCCUCACUUAUCUACGCAAUAUUAGCAGCUGCAUUACCUCGUCAGUACGGAUUCAACUACGACCUGCAACAAAACCAAUGCAUUACCAGCAACACCAUGCAGUACCUAGCAACCGGAUAUUUUAUUUUUCAAGGAAUUGUUAUUCUGUCACGGGAGAUGGUUAGCAUCUGCGCCAUGAUUUUCAUGGCUGCUGUUGUAGCAACUGUUAUUCGCAUAGCACCGCUAUCAAACGACCGAGAGUUCAUUUCAGGAACAGUUACUACAAUUUUUGACCUGCUAGUUUGUCAGUUCUAUCUCAUAGUGCUACUUGGUCGCCCACUAUACCACUGUCUCGUUGACAAGAACAGGUAUCUGGAUCACUUUAUGCAUCACAUGCGAGAGGGAGAGAGUGGGAGUAUGCGCAGAGGUGGCAUGGCGCCGGCGAAACUAUUAGCAUCAGCGGGUGUUCCGGCACGGCAGCAGGCUUGCGUCACAGACCCCACAGCCAACAACUCACAGCAAACCAUCGCAUCUACAGGUCCAAGGGUAUUCACGGCUGCCCUCUAUUCAAAUGGAUUUGACGGAAGCUACUUGCGUCUCGAGGAUACAGCCAACAUGGGGCAGAUGGAUCUGUUUCCAAAUCGCAGAAUUGUCUAGCUUUUUAGUUUUCCAAUUCCAAGCUAUA